AGACAGUAAACACCAGGAGGAGUUAGACCAACCAACCCCCAGAAGGUGCUAAUAUAGAGACAGUUUCACAUUCUGUGGACGUAAGAGAAAUUUAUAUUCUUUUUGUAAAGAGAUAUUGAGAUGAAGAGGCUGCUCCGUGUGACCUUCCUCCUGAAGGUUUUUUCAUGUAAGAUGGUGACUUGGGGAUUAUUGUCUACUAUAUAGUCUCUCUAAACCCAAGGAAGAGGUAGGCAACAUAACCCUGUGUGUUCCAGGUGGUGUGCAGAAUAUUUCUCCAACCUAUGGAUAUAAAAGAGUUCACAUUAUGUUCGUAAAUAGAUAUUCACAGAGGAGGGAACAAAGAGACAUUUUAACUUAAAGUCAUGUUAACAUGUCUAUCAAUUAAUACCGGGUAUUUUAUGGUUAUCUGGUUUGCAAGCUAGAUAGAGAGUUGAGACAGAGAAAUGAGAUGGGUUUCAGUGUGAACAACACUUACUUUAAAGUAAUCAUUUUUCUUCUGUCUCCACUGUCCCCAGGUCUGUCCCACGCUGUUACCGUGACUCAGGACAAAGCCUUUAUAUUGCUGAGUGUUGGAAGCAGUAUGGAUGAAAUGUCCUGUACGCAUGAUGCAACCAGUAGCUAUCGCAUGUACUGGUACCUGCAGAAACCAGGAGAAGGCUUGGUGCUUAUUGCAAUGUCAGUAGCAGAGAAUGAUGCCAGCUUAGAAAAAGAUUUUAAGGAAAUGUGGACAAUGACUCGGCCAAAUAAUCAGAAAUCUAUGUUAAAACGGAAUGGGGCAGUGAACAUCACGGACUCUGCUGUGUAUUAUUGUGCAGCGAGUGACACAGCCAUAGCAAACUGA